GUAGCGGCUGCUGUCAGAAGAAAAACGCGCGCGCGCAGCUUUGGAGGCCAUUCGUUGGACCUUCUGUUUCUUUCGCGUUGAAUCGCGGUGUUUGCGGUACUUUGUGGAGCAAUCGAAAUGUGCCUUUUAACACCGGUGGCCCAUUCUUUGCGCUUUAAAGGUCUCUGAUUCUUGGAAGUAGCGCGAUCAGUCAGUGUGACGGAUACCGGUUAAACUAUUCCGGGCCUGCUUUCGAUGGUGCUUUAAAAUAUCAAGCAUCAAAGUGAACUGUGGAGAUUAAACAAAGUAAAACGUUCUUGAAAAAAAGUGUGUGUAAAACACGAUUUGAUCGUACGGAAGUAGUUUUAUUUCCUGUGGUGUUGUGGCUGUGUUCCUGUAGUAGUUGUGUUGUGAUUGUCCUGUUAGCAGUUGAUGCUGAAUGUUUGUCUCGUCAUCUUUUCCAUAACCUUGUAGAAUAACCCAAUACGAGUUCGCCAGGAACUACUGGGUGACAACUGUAAAAGUGUCCCUUGUGUGAUUUUCUGUACAGUCGUGUGUGAAUUGUGUCCAACAUCUAUUCCGCAUACAAUCACUAUACAACUAGUUCUUCAUGGCUGGAUAUCUUCGGCAGAAAGUCAAAAAAAUCACAAGCAGCAAGUACUCGAGCGAAUUCCAUGAAAACAGAAAACCUAUUCCCGGCACCGCCAUCUCCAACACUGCAGAUUCUAUCGUGGAUCGUGAUCGCUUCCUACAGAACCCGGCUAUACUAGACACGCUCGACACCGUUCAUCGGUCACUGCUGUUCAACAAUCUCAAAUUUGAUACCGAUGAACACGCUGGUCUCGACGGUUCUUCCAUUACGGGUUAUUCCACGCUAUCCGAUAAUCAAAGCAAAGGACUUAAGGAAAGAUCAUUCGAGACGUCAGCAGUAAACGCUCGAGUGCCGAUCCACGAUAAGGUAAAUAUUGCGGAAGCGUCGACAGAUAUCAGUUCGUCCGGAAAGGAAGUGGUAUCGCAAGAGGAUCUUCAUCUCGAAAGAUGUGGCGUAGCGUCUCCCUCCAAUGAGUAUGGGUCAUUAGAUGACGAACUGGAAGCACUAUUUUCAAAGGACUGGAACAAUAAUCUUAGCGGAGAAGAAGGUAUCACAUGCACCAGCAAAGUGAAAAUGAUGGUACAGCAGUUCGAACAGAAAAAGGGCAAAGUGUCACGGCCCGUCAGGACAUCGCCACCCACAGUGGGUGGUGAUACGGUGGAAUUGUGUAUGGAACUAGCGCAUCCCGAGAUGUCCUCGGUUGGUGAUGCGGAGACGAGCGAUUUUGAAAGUGCUAGCGUAACGAGUGGAAGCAGCGUAUGUGGCGAUGGUGGUAGACAGAGUGUACGCACCAGUUCUGCGUUUAGCGAAGGAAGCCGAGAUAUUGCCAGUAUUGAUCGGUUCGAUCUGGCAAUGCCGGCUAGCCAGCAACAACAACAGCAGGAAGAUUUGGCGGGCCAUAAUACGAUGAUUACCAUUAACAUUAACUACCGAUGUGAUACUAAUCCUCUAAGGACAAGCAAAGCUACGUGUGCGGAGAAGGAAGUCGGGGGAAAAAUUGUGGAUAUCAUGGUUUCAUCACCACCGCCGACGGUAACUGAAAAUCACCGAAAAUCGCUCAAAGGUGACAAAGCAAUUAGACAGCAUACUGCAGAACGACACGUUCUAGCUGCGGCUGAGGAUGUAGCGGAUGAAUUGAUGGAUCUGGAACAGGAGCAACUAAUGACUGAUGAGUUGAUAUCGAAUGAAUCUGAAAAGAAGAUUAACGAAGUGUUACUGGAAGAUGCUGGUAGUGAAAGUACGGCGGAUUGUAUGCCUGAAGAACAUCGUGGUCCGUUAACUAACAAUUGGUCUUGUCGUACACCCGAUGACGAAGAGUAUCACGACUGUGAUGAUCUUCACGAGUCAACGCUUUCCUUCUACGAGCAAGCUUGCUCCCAACCAGUCACACCGCCGGAACAGAAAAAACGUUCUUCGAUUGUGCACGCAUCAAGUGUGGAGUGUAGUGAUGAAUUGGACGGAGAGCAACCGAUGAUCCAAAUCGUGCAAGAGCUAUCGGAGGAUCAUAGCGAAGUCACGUCGACCAUCACGUUGAGCAAAGCUCAGAUACGGGACAUGCAAAAAUCGAACGGUGCCCGGCGAAGUGCUGAUUCGGCCGAGGAAUUGAAAAGACAUUCUCCGCACGAUGAAAAAAGUGCCGAUGAAAAGCGUGAGAAAAGAUGGAAAUCUCACAGCAAUAUUACGACCAAGAAGUGCCACGACAAAUCGAAUCUCCAGCGGCAGCAGCGUAUAAUGGAUGACAAUUUCUGUAACGAAAUACUCGACUCCACGAUUCACUUUGAUCGACUCUACGGUAACAAUCGCCCUACGCGACCCAUGAUGACAGAGGAGGAAAAUGUCUCUUCGCCGUCACCAACGCGACGAACCGCAGAAGAAUGCUUUAGUGACUCUGUAGUGUGUGAAAUUACAUCACCGGGAGAAGAAUCGUUUGAUUCCGUUAUGUCAGUGGGUAAACUGGAGGGAAAACCACGCUAUUCGGGCAAAACUGUUGGACGAUUGAUGAUGAAGCGUUUGAAAAAGCUGCAGGGAGUUGGAGUUGGAGCGCAUAGAAUGUUGGAUACGUCGGAUGCGUCUACCAGCUCUUCACAACAGAUGAGUGGACCGAAGAAGCCUCCUCGAACUUUUGCUAACUCUCCCAAGCGAUCGGCCGCACAUUCAGCACCUUCCUGUCCUACUGCAAAGGAUGUCGAAGGCAGUGAUCCUUACGGUCGUGAAAUUGGUUGGAAACGAGACCAAACAAAAGCAAGAACUCAUCAGAUAGGAUGGACUGUACCACCAAGUACUGGGAAGAAUGAGGCAAUUCCUGCACAGAUUUACAGCAUGCUGAACUAUUCGGAAGACGAGGGUCGCAAACAGUUGAUCAAGACGGGUAAUUCUAAACCAGCACCCCAACAAUCGACAUCAUCGAAAGGAAAAAAUAAGUACAGACCUGACGGAGAGCCGUUGGGUCCUAAGCUUGAAAUAGACACUGUCGAUGGCACAAGAACACCGUCCCGCCGUCACUCAACAUCAACGGAUUUUGAACGAUUCGUACGGGAAUCGAAUGUAAAGAGUACACCCCAUCGCAAGAGCGCCGUUACUAGUCGCAUUGAAACCCGCAGAAGAAUUGAAGAAUUUCUGAGCGAGGAACGACAUCAUGCUCCGGUAGCGCAACGAAAGCUUCCGGGCGUGGAUCGACGCCGGAGAACAACGGGUGGCAUAUUUGAACAGCGUCGGCAACAACAGGAAAAUUUUUUAGACGAUGCCAGGCGAACGAACCAUGAACCGCGAAGAAAACCAAUUUCGAAAGGUCAGGGUUCCGUCGAAGUACCGAAAAAAGCUUGCUGUCCAGCAUCAGCGGCUGCAACCACAGGUACUACAUCUCGCACCAAUGCAAGUGCUUGUGGCGGGGGAAAGGUUGAAAAACGGCGAACAUUUCGUAAGGCAGCAUUAUUGAAACGCACACGUACGCUGUUUGAAGCAUCGAAAAAGAAAAUAUGGGCUAUAAAGAGGUUUGAAACACCGAAGAAACAGAAUGUCGUAAGUAAUUCUUCGCCCUCUUCUAACCCUUCUGAUCGCGACCCAAAUAUCAAUCGCCAUAGUUCCGUGAAGAAGAAGAAUAAUCUACACCACAAACACUUAGGUUACACACCGGUUCACUUGAGGUGUAAAACGUGUGGGUCAGGACAAGCAGACGGUGAUCGCGAAGAAGAAGUAGUACCAAUCAACUAUUGUGCUACUCGUCAGCAACCCACUUCUCAUGCAGGUUUAACAUCUUCUAAAGAUGGAAAUAAAGAAAAUCAACGUGCUGCAAACGUUGAUGACAGGCGGCGCAAAAGCGGCGAAGAGGUUAAUCGUAAAUCGGCACGUAGCCUCAAUUUUGCGACGGUUGAACAAGAGCAACGGCUAAACAAUUCACCCGUGGAGCAUUCCGACACUGAAGCAUCUCCCCGAAAGACCGGGAAACAACUGUCUGAGAUAAAGUUCCUAAAGACACUUCGCAAUUUGAAAAUAUCCCCAAAAAGGAUAUUUCGCUUUGCGUCUCAAUCUUCGACAGCGCUCGAUAGUCGUUCAACGGACAACGAAAGCCAUGUACAGGGAGAAUUUCAAUCGUAUGACGAUCUGAAUCUGGAUAAUGUGGCUAAUAUGGGGGACUUUCUUAGUAAUAUACGACGCAAAAUAGCUGAAGAUGAAGUGGAUCGGACCCUUCAUCACCCAGUAAUCGGACGAGAGUCCCUUCAGCAGGCUAAGGUAGGCCGAUCACUCGUUCCGGUGGAUGUGCACGGUGAGCACGAAGAACCCAUUUAUCAAGAAAUUUCACCCAAGGGUAACAAAAUGGUUCUCAACGAGUUUAUAAGUAGUGAUACGAACAAGCGGUACUUAAUGGUAAACAACAAUCCAAACAUCCUGUACGCCAUGGUUGAAGGCAAAUCGGCACGGUCGUCAGGAAGGUUGGUAAGAGCGCGUUCGCUUACAAAUAUGCAUGCAUCGGUAAGCGUUGCAGAUCCGACGGUUACAUCAACCCCGGUCAGUAAGCCUCAGAACAAUACUAGCAAAAGCCAAACGAAACCGAACAAUAGACGUGUCACGAUGUCGCCACAUAUGGAGGCACGUGCUGUGGAUAUGAUUGAUAUCGAGGAACGGGAAAAUUCGUUAUACAACACAGCAUUAUCAAACAAUUUAUAUACUCCGCGACACAGAACUACUAGUGAUGUUGCAAACGGUCGAGGUAGCCGUGGUAGAAGUAACAGAUCGUUUAAUGCAACCGAAAGUACUACUGGCAGCUCUAUACGGCGGUCCUUGUUUACUGGGAACACGUCUUCAGAUCACAAUCGUACUCUACCGCAACAACAUCAACAUUCAACUGAUGACAGUGAUAUUUCGAUUUUACAGGAAGAAGAAAGUAGGGAAGACGAAUCCUCACUGGAAUCGUUACCGGAAGAGACGUCAAUCAUAGAAGAACCGCUGAUUGUACGGGAACGGGUUGAAGAUCGGUUAGCAUUCCGCAAGGAAAACGAACAUUUGCAGCAGAAUCCUCCCGCAACAACGUCAGCAAUCGGUUCUAAAGGGCGGUACAAAGGUGAACUGGAAGAUCUAUUUUCGUUCGAAAAGGACAUUAUUGUUGAGGAAAACAUGGGUGGGAAAAAUGUAAAAGCUGGCAUUGCAAGUGGUACUGGAGUGGGACAAAAUUUGAUCGUAUUAAAGGCACACAAAUCGGUGCAAGUUAAGGUCAACGGGAAUGGCGCCGCUCCUCUCGGUUGUUUCGAUACGGAUGGUGAGAUCGAUUCAUUGCGAAAAUAUGAUGAUAGAGAGAUAGAAGAACUAGUACAUUCGCUGCACGACAAUAUAACACUGUCGGAUAUUGGAACCCUUGACUCCGAGACCAUCGCUUCUUCGUCAAUGGGCAAUGAGCUCGAUAACAUUGGGUACGAUACCGUUGAUCUGGCUCCGCCCGUUUCACGAGCGUUCUGUCAACCAGCGGGCAAAAAUUUAACCAUCGAUACGGUGGAUGUUUCGGAACUGAUCAGUCACGCUCCAGAUGACAGUUUGUCUACUGGCAACCUGUCCCCUAUCACCAGUUCUCCAUCGAGCGCUAAAAUGUCUACCUCCGGUACCGCCGUUAUGCGCAAUCUGAAGGAAAAACUAAGAUCGUCUUUUCGCAAGAGUAGAACGUUUAUCAAACACGAACGACAGCGCAUCGCGAACUAUUUGCUGGAGGACAGAUCCAGCAGUAAAUCACCUUCUUCUACAACUAGCUCUCCACGUAGGCAUACCAUGCGGGAGACACAUGCAAACACUAUUGGCCAUAAACAGGGUGGACGUACAUCAGAUCGUCGCAAACAGGAGAGCGAUAUCGAAAGUGACGAUAUGUACCAAUCGUUCACGCAGGGCAGCAACAGCAUUGUGACGGGUAGCUCUAUGACAGAGCUGAGCACUCAGCACAUGAAUGACCUAAUGCAACAAAUAAUCAGACAAAGUGACGCUCGGAAACAGCUUAAGCAAGCCGUCGCCAUCUGUCGCAGCACGCGCGAGUUCGAAUGUUCGCCAGAGCUAAUCGAAGCAGAGCGGUUGCUGCUGGUUGCUACACAAAAGGAGACGGCAGUAAGGAAUGAGCUGAAUAAGAUCGAUUACCUAACCAAUGGGAUGACACUGGCCGAAGGGAAGCGUGUUGGAACGGUUACACUAAAUAACUUUGAUUUUCCACUAAAGGAAACUGCGGUACGAGAUGCAAUGUUCAAUUAUUUCUACGUUGUGGUAUGCACAUACAAGCACGAGGUGAAAGCAACGAUCGCCAAAGAACGCCAUACCGAUGGACGGGUGUAUUUCCGCGAUUGUCCCAUACAGUUCAAAAAUUUAGACGCCAAUUACGAAAUUAAGGUAGAGGUGUUUGUAUUGCAGCUGCGCAAAAACGUGAAGAAUUACAGCUUUGAAAGUCGAUACCAUCUGGAGAAGGAUACUAAAAAACCCCUGAGUUGUCCGUCGCCAUCUAAGAAACUGCGAGAAGCCGGUCGGAUGUUGUCGUUUCGCUCGAACUCUCCGAAAACGUUUGAUUUUGACAAUGAGUUUUCGCGCUUCAAAUCGCAAGGCUACCUAACGCUAACUUCCUUCGUGCUGCUUACGGCAAAUGGAAUAGAGGGAGAAGAUACUUCCGGAGAAGAAAAGACUUUCGAUGCAACGUACGCAACUGCUUGCACGAAUCAAACCACACAGAUGUCCACAAUGCUUGAGACCGGUGACGAAGUAUUAUUAGCGGCCGGCAAUUCCCGUUACUCAACGUCGGGACACUUCCAACCCGUCAUCUGCCGACAGGAUGACCAGGGCGUGGUGUUUAUAGCGGAAGAUUUCAAGUAUCUUACACUCGAUUCGAUGGCAUACACCUCAAAUAUGGUCGGUACAAUCGGAAUGAGCGUUCGCAGCGAGGUUCGCUUCAAUGGUUCCGAUAUAAGUGGUUUCCUCGACGUCGGUGAGAAGGUGGACGGUAAUGAAGGAAUCACCUGGAGUCGACGCUGGUGCCAGAUGAAUGGGUUUAUGCUCGAGUUUUGGAACUACCCGCAAGAGUGCCAAGAAAAGCAACCAAUUUUGUACAUCGAUCUGGUAAAAUGUAUUAACGAGCGUAUAGAGCUGGCUGAUCGUUCGAUCUGUUCACGGCCCCGUACGGUCAGAGUGGAGAUUUUCUCUUCCCGUGUCGCUGCUGCCGGUGCGAGUUGUAACAGCAGUGGCAUUGGCAGCUUCCGAAGCAGCGGACGUCCGACGAGUCCAAGCUCGGUCGAAGAGCCUGCUAGUUGCAGUGCCGAUCGGGGACACCUUCGACCAAUAUCCCCGGGUGACGGUGGAAGAACCCUUAACAAUGUAACGUGCUACCUGUUAGCUGCGGACACGCAGGGCGAUCUGAAGGGUUGGUUGAAUGAACUAAAUCGCGUAGUUAAAUUUUUAAAGGAAUGGAAAAUUUAAGCCUUCCGUGCAAUACCGAGGAAAUAUAACAGAAAUCGUUUAUCACACAUAGGAACUAUCCACUCAGUCAGCUGCUCCGUGAUUGCUUUAGCAUAUUUUGUUAGCCACCAAUAUUUAAGAUAGGUUUUCUAUUAUUACACGUUUAUGGGCAUUUUGUACCGAUAUAGGCAUAAGGCAGCCGUAAUAAGAGACACAUGCAGCUAGUUUCAUUAUAUAAACGCUCUCUGAUGAAAGGAACUAGUUAGAAUAAGAAAAUGAACGCAACUAAUAUGAAAACGAGUGCCUUUAUCACUUACACGACAGCCUAAGAAAGAUUUCGUUAGCAGCUAGUAAUCGCAUGGUGGAGGGUUUUAUUUCCCUGCAACAAGACUGCACCGGGGUCAGAAGUCAAUGGGCGCUGAAAGGCGCUUGCUGUCCUGGUAUACGGUGAUUAGGGUAAUGGGUAUGUUUUCUAGUUGGAUUCUUUUUUAAGUUUGGACAGUUUAUCAGAUAUGACACGCAUAUUAGCGCACAUUCCAUUUUCGUUAAGUUUUCGAUUGCAAAUGAUACGUAUGUUAAUUUUCGUUGUUCAACAUGUUUGCAAUUUGGCAAACAUAAUCAAACUACAAGGUUACGUGUUAAGCCACACACAAGAUUGCAACCCUUUACAUAAUUUUCGCUUUUUUUCGUUCGUAUUACAAUUAAGAGAUCUCAUGUACAUAUAUAAAGGUGUUUGCAUUAUUAACUCAUCAGCCGUUGACUGAGAAUGACUGGUAGAAAAUGUUCACUACAGCUGAAACUUUAAAAGCGAGCGUGUCAAGAUCUUUGAAAUUAUUGUUAUUAAAUGUGCGUUAAACAGUAUAGCAUGCGAACAGAGAAAGAAAUAAACUAAUUGAACAGCCGCAUAGUAUAAAA